GGACAUGGGAGGAAAGAAAGAAAGAAAGCAAGCAAGCAAGCAUGGUGAAAUUUGGCCGUGGAGUGACUGACUGACUGUCCUCUUUUAGGCAGACUGCCUCUCCCCCUGAGCCUGACUGAAUUAUGCGAUAAUAAAGCUAACAUCGAGCAAACCCAUGCCCGCCAAAAAGUCCUCGUGAAUUGCAACAAUGGCGUUAAAAAGAAAAAAGAACAGAAACUGUGGCAAAGAAGGAGAAAAUGAGGGUAGGGUGGUGGGAAGAAAAAAAAGGUUCCAUCGUGAGUAGUGUCCCUUGUUUGCAGGGUUUCAAUUCAUUCAAUUCAAUCACUUUCACCUAUUCAUUCCUCCUCCUUUUAAUUUAUCUCAAUUCCUCCACAAAGCCAUGUAGCUUUUCUUCAUUUCCUGCCGUGCAGAGAUAAAAAGAACGGAAGGAAAGCGGAGGAAGAAAGAAAUUGCCUUUUUGUUUUGUUCCUUUCUACCACACCACCUUCUGCUUGUCUUCUUCUUCUUCCCUCCUCUGCCCCUUUUGAUCGCUCUCCUGUCCAUUACCGCCUUCUUAAUUUACUUCUCUUCCCACCCUCUGUUUUCUCUGUCUCCAAUUGAAAAUGCAGGGGAGUGCAUUGCUGAAGCCGGUGACGGUUUUGGUCUUCUUACUUCUACUCUGCGCCCUUUCAGCAGCCGACAACACAGAUACUGUCAUUGCUGGUAAUCAAACACAGAAGGCGCCGCCGACGAAAACAGAGGAAGAGCCUCACCGCCGGCAGCAGCGGUUCCCGUUCGAUACGUUCAUCUCCAGCGAGAGAAGAGUGCCGAACGCAUCCGACCCACUUCACAACCGCUGAUUUCCUACGUGCCCAAGAUUGCCGGAAUGUGGAAAGGAGGGAAAAAGGGCCGGUUGGAGGUUUUUGGUCGGUCGGAAGUCGGUACCGUCGGUUGCGGCUUUGCAGUGUUUGGUUGCCCUGCUUUUUGUUUGUUUGUCAACGGUGAUGACGUGGAGGUUUGAAAUAAUUUCACCUUCGAUCGGGUACCUCCCAGCCGUUGAUUUUCUGCUUUUGUGGCCGACCUUUCUCGUUUGGCCGGAGGAUCUCCUUACUCUCUUUUGAAAUUGUUACUUGGAAGUUAGAACUACUUACUACUCCUGGUAUCGCCACACGUUUUCUUCUUUUAGUUCUUUCUUUUGCAUUCUGCUGUAUUUGUAUACGAUUUUGUAUGUAAUGUAAGUAUAAUCACUUUUGCUGUUAUGGAUCAUUAUACUACUCUCUGUUCUUGUUAUAAUGGGAAUACAAUUUUGCCGGCUAA